AAAACUUGUUUAAAAAACGCAAUCCUGCGAUGGAGCUGAGGAUGACGACGACUGCCAUGGACACAAACAACAACAACAACAACAACAACAACAACACAGGAGGUGUCAUCUCUUACAUCGGUUCCUCUGGAGGCUCUCCGCCCAGGACAAGUCCAGUCUCCAUGUACAGCGAGAACUCCUCCUCGUCUUUGACUCCCUCCUUCCUCAGCAGCAGCGGCAGCUCAAGCUCGGGCUCUGCAGGCGAUGACGGCUCCUCUUCCGCCUCCUCUUCAGCAGGAGGCUCGCCGAGAGGCCGAGACGACGGAGGCCCUGUGAGGGCAUCGCCCAGCAAGUCUGUGGCCAGUCUGACCAAACUCAAUGGCAUGGUGUUGCUGUGUAAGGUCUGUGGAGACGUGGCCUCAGGUUUCCAUUAUGGAGUUCAUGCGUGCGAAGGAUGCAAGGGAUUUUUCCGCCGCAGCAUCCAGCAGAACAUUCAGUAUAAGAAGUGUCUGAAGAACGAGAGCUGCACCAUCAUGAGGAUAAACAGGAAUCGCUGUCAGCAGUGUCGCUUUAAGAAGUGCCUGUCUGUGGGCAUGAGCCGCGACGCCGUUCGUUUCGGUCGGAUCCCGAAGCGCGAGAAGCAAAGGAUGCUGGCUGAGAUGCAGAGCGCCAUGAACAACAUGGCGAACAUGCAGAACGAUUUCCAGCUAGCCAGCCUCACCUCCUCCUCCUCCCCCUCCCCCGCCUCUUCAUCCUCUCCGUUGCGGGUGACCAUCGCCCCCAGCCUCCGCCCAGCUCUGCCUUUGGCUCCCGCCUCGCCCUCCCCUCCCGCUCCAGCCACUUCCUCCUCACCCCCUCCUCUUCCUCCUCCCCUUUUCCUCCCUUCUCUGCCAGAGCCCUCCCCGCCCCUCACCCCCCUCCAGCCCUGGUUGGACACCACCAUCAGCGCCAUCGUAGCUCACCGCGAGACCUUCCUGUAUGCUCAUGACAAACUAGCCAAUCCCCACACGCCACCUCAGCAACAGCAGAAUAACCACGCCCACUACGCAACAAUGAGGCGGAGCACUGGGGCCCAACAGGUGCCAAAACGGCACUACCUGCAGCAGGACAACAGCAGGAACAUUACGCAUCAUCACCAAGGCAACAGGAAGCGGACCCUGCCACAACAGCAAUAUGAUUGGAGAGAAGGGUUCAACGACCCCGGGACCCAGGGGCAGAACUGUCCAAUGAAGAACCGCACCGGGAUAGUGUUGGCCUGCCCAAUGAACAUGCAGCCUCAAGCCGACCCCGCGAAGAACCCUCAGGAAAUCUGGGAGGACUUCUCCGUGUCCUUCACCCCUGCUGUCAAGGAGGUGGUGGAGUUUGCCAAACACAUCCCCGGAUUCAGUUCUCUGACUGAGAACGACCAGGUCACCUUGCUCAAGGCGGGCACCUUUGAGGUGCUGAUGGUGCGCUUCGCUUCCCUUUUCAAUGUGAAGGAGCAGACUGUGACUUUCAUCUCUGGCGCCACCUACAGCCUAGUGGAGCUGCAGGCAAUGGGGAUGAACGAGCUGCUGAGUGCCAUGUUCGACUUCAGCCACAAACUGGCUGUGCUGGAGCUGAGCGCCCAGGAACUGGGACUGUUCACCGCCGUGGUGCUGGUGUCUGCAGAUCGGUCUGGUAUCGAGAAUGUGGCGUCAGUGGAGCAGCUGC